AUGGAUAAACAGCCUCUGUCUUUGGGAGAUUAUGAGAUUGAAGGUGGAGACUACGAGAUCAUGAUGGGUGUGUUGGUGACAAGACGGCUUUUGGAAUUGAAAAGUUUCCUGGUUCGCCUGAAGACUAUCGGCUCUCUCACCCGACGGGCACACCAGCAAGCACGAAUGGCGCGCAUUGAUCAACAUAUUCAGGAUUUAUUUCGAAAACUCACCUCCGUCUGUCCUCUUGUCACAGAGAUUGCUGGUCGAUCGGAGAAAGAGUGA